CUUCUUACUUCCCUCCGCACGCAUUUAGGCUUGAGAACAUCUCAAAAUCCUUCCCUUUAGUUCUUAGAAGUUAAGUUAAUUUGGCAUAUGGCGGGGCAGACAGCCAAAAAGUUUCAGAAGAGCUACUUUGACGUGUUGGGACUUUGUUGCUCCUCCGAAGUCCCUCUCAUUGAGAACAUCUUGAAGCCUCUCGAUGGAGUCAAAGAGGUAACUGUGAUUAUCGCCACAAGAACCGUCAUUGUUGUUCAUGACAGCCUCCUCAUUUCCCAGACUCAGAUUGUAAAGGCGCUAAACGAAGCAAGGCUAGAAGCAAAUGUUAGAAUUUACGGAGGUGACAAUUUCAAGAAGAAAUGGCCAAGCCCUUACUCAAUUGCUUGCGGAGUUUUGGUUUUGUUGUCGUUUCUCAAGUAUGUUUACCGUCCGCUUGGAUGGUUGGCUCUUGCUGCUGUCGUUAUCGGAAUUUGGCCCAUUUGUCUCAAAGCUCUUGCAGCUACUCGGAAUCUUAGGCUUGAUAUCAAUAUUCUCGCUAUUGUUGCAGUGAUUGGGACAGUGGCUAUGGGUGACUAUGUAGAAGCUGGCACCAUCGUCUUUCUCUUCACCGUUGCCGAGUGGCUCGAGUCAAGGGCAAGCCACAAGGCAAAUGUGGUAAUGUCAUCGCUGAUGAGCAUGGUCCCUCAGAAAGCCGUCAUAGCGGAAACCGGAGAAGUUGUAGACGCCGAUGAGGUGAAGCUGAACACAGUGCUAGCAGUCAAGGCAGGGGAAGUGAUACCAAUUGAUGGAAUAGUGGUAGAAGGAAACUGUGAAGUGGAUGAGAAAACACUGACAGGAGAGUCUUUCCCAGUUGCCAAACAGAAGGAUUCUACCGUUUGGGCCGGCACAAUCAAUCUCAAUGGCUACAUUAGUGUAAAGACCACGGCCUUGGCUGAAGACUGUGCCGUGGCUAAAAUGGCUAAGCUUGUGGAAGAGGCUCAAAACAGCAAGUCAAAAACUCAGAGAUUCAUUGACAAAUGUGCUAAGUUUUACACCCCAGCGGUUCUGAUAAUAUCAAUUUCUGUGGCUGUGAUUCCUGCGGCACUAAGACUUCCACACCUCAGCAAAUGGUUUCAUUUAGCUCUGGUUGUUUUGGUAAGCGCAUGUCCUUGUGGACUAAUCCUCUCAACGCCUGUUGCAACUUUCUGUGCGCUCACAAAGGCUGCAACUUCUGGUCUUCUCAUCAAAGGAGGCGAUCACCUCGAGACGCUCUCCAAGAUCAAGAUUGCCGCCUUUGACAAGACCGGGACGAUCACUAGAGGUGAAUUUGUGGUCUCCGAUUUUCGGCCUCUUCUUGAUGAUGUUGGCUUGGAAACUUUGGUUUACUGGGUGUCAAGCAUCGAGAGCAAAUCGAGUCAUCCAAUGGCCACUGCACUGGUCGCCUACGGAAAAUCGCUUUCAAUUGAGCCAAAGCCUGACAAUGUAGAGGAGUUCCAAAAUUUUCCCGGAGAAGGAAUUUAUGGAAGAAUUGAUGGAAAAGAUAUUUACAUUGGAAGCAAGAAAAUUUCUACAAGAGCUUCUUGUGAAACAGUUCCUACUUUAGAAGGCUUUGCUAAGGAUGGAAAGUCGGUUGGCUACAUAUACUGUGGAGGAAGAUCGGCUGGAAUUUUUACGCUCUCCGAUGCUUGUCGAUCUGGGGUCGUGGACGCAAUCAAAGAGCUUAAGUUGUUGGGAAUCAAAACGGCUAUGCUCACAGGAGAUAGUCAUGCAGCAGCCAUGCACACACAUGAGCAGCUAGGACAUGCUAUUGGGGUGGUCCACGCGGAACUUCUACCCGAAGACAAGGCAAAAAUCAUCAAAGAGUUCAAAAGGGAAGGGCCGACUGCCAUGAUUGGUGAUGGCCUGAAUGAUGCCCCUGCUUUAGCCACAGCUGACAUAGGUGUCUCUAUGGGGGUGUCGGGUUCUGCGCUUGCUACAGAAACCGGGCACGUGAUUCUCCUGUCGAAUGACAUAAGAAAGAUACCGAAAGCCAUCAAACUAGCAAGGAAAGCCACAUGGAAAGUGAUUCAAAAUGUCAUUUUGUCAAUCACCACUAAGGCUGCAAUCCUCAUCUUGGCCAUUGCGGGCCACCCUCUUGUAUGGGCUGCGGUUCUUGCUGAUGUCGGGACUUGCGUACUUGUGAUCCUUAACAGCAUGCUACUUCUACAAGGAAGCCACAAUCACGGUGGGAAAUGCUGCAAAUCUAGUUCUACUCCUCAUGUCCAUAAACACGGAUGCAACGACGGUCAUCGCGAAUUCUCACCCCACAAAGACCAUCAAUGUUGCUCCAAUAAUAAAGCUCCAAAUGUGUGCAAAUCCGAAAAGUGUUCUUCCGAGACAAGGGUAUUGAAAUGCCAGAGUAAAAAACUCAUUUCAAGCUCUUGUUGUGAUAACAAAUGUAAAAACUCAGAUAAUUUGCAGGGUGAUUGCGCAAGUAGUAAUAGAUCGCGUGGAGCGCAACAUUGUCACCAUGGAAGCUGUAACAGUAUCAAUCAUGAUUUGGAGUCGGAAAAAACACACGAUCACGGCAUUUUAGGAUCUCAGACUUGUAUUAGAUCAUGUGGGGAAGACAAUCAUCAUGUAACAAAUUCAACAGAAAGGCUUGGUGGUUGUGGAGAAGGCGAUCACGAUGGCGUUCAUGACUCAAAGCAUUGCAGCCACUCUGUUUCUUCAUUUGCAGAAAGCGAAACACCGAUAAGUACUAGUGGUCAAAUCCACUCGAGCUGCUGCGGUAAAAGGCACAACGACAACGAAGCACAUCCAAAAACUGUUAAACCAUGUUGUGUUCUCGAACCUCUAGAAGAACAUUCUUGUUCAAAGAAACACAACAAAGAUCACACCACUAUUGAUGUAACGCGUGAUGAAAACCAUGUUGAAUCGGAGUCAAAACAUGCUUGUGCAAUGAGUUUGGAGAGGAGGGAAGUGGGACGGUGUUGCGAGAAUCGCAAGGACUUUUCGGGAUCGGCAUCCAUGAAUUCUUGCAUGGGCUUGGAGAAGAGAGAAAUGGGUGGCUGCUGCAGGAGCUACAUGAAGGAAUGCUGUAGUAAGCACGGACAUCUUGGGGUUGCCUUUGGAGGACUUUCGGAAGUUGUCAUUGAUUAGGUAAUUCACCCAACAUUUUGGAGAAGGGCAUAAUAAUAUCCCUCUGAUUUUUUUUGAGUUGGAAGGGAUUUUAGGAGUUUUUGUGAAAUGUUAUGAGCGUGGGAAUGAAAAUGCAUAAAUUGAAUGAGAUAUGGGGAAUUAUGGCCUAAUGAUAUGAAGUAGAUUAAUUUGUACAUAUUAUUAGAAACGGCAAUAUCAUGUUCAUCAUCACAUUUGAUCAGUACUAGCUAAUUUGAUCUGUAUAUGUAAUCAAUGCAAUAUAGCAUUGAACUGCCUUUUUUUCCCCUUCAUGUAUAACUAAUAAUA